GAGAAAAAAAGGGGGAUGGACGAAGGGGAGGGAGGGUACGGGGAGGGCGGGGAUCAGCUGGAUCAGUUCCACCGCAACGAGGCGAUCUCUGCGGUCGCCGAUGAGGGGUUCUUGGUCGAGGAGGACGACGAUUACGAGGACCUGUACAACGAUGUGAAUGUCGGGGAGAAUUUCCUCCAGACCAUGCGGAAGAACGAGGAUUUAGGGUUUAGAAACGACGUCGUGGAGGAGAAGAAGAAGGUCGAGCCUCCGAUGGUCGCGCCCGAGCCUGUUCAGGCCGUUUCGAUACCUGGUGUCGGGGGUGGUGAGAGUGGGGGCGUUGGUGGCGUCGUCGAUGGGGGAGGGAUUCUAGGGUUUCGGGGUAUCAGAACCAGGGUUUUAGAGGGAAUGAUGAAGGGACCGAGUGGAUCGGGGCUGGUGGUGGCACAACAGCGGAGCGGAGGGCUUCGUGUUGAAUUAGGGCCGGGGUCUAGUAAGGUUAACGAAAUGGAGGUACAGAGUGGGAGUAGAAGUGACGUAGGGCCUCAAGGGAUUGGACAGCAGGCGCAUGCUGGUGGUCUAGGUAAUGUUGCAAACGUUGGUAGCAUUCCUAGUAUCGGAAAUGAGGUUUUAGCUAGGCAAAGUGCGGGAGCAGCUGUGAAAGGCGUUGGUGGAAAUGGGAUGGUGAAUCCGGGUGUCAAUAACGUAUCUGCUGGUGCCGUCGCUGGUGCUGGUGCUGUUGCUGGUGCUAGUGCUAGUGUUGUGACUAAUUCGGGUGGAGGUGCAGGAGGAGGAGGUGGAGGAACAAUACUGUUUGUGGGGGAUUUGCAUUGGUGGACGACAGAUGCUGAGCUGGAGGGAGAGCUGUGCAAAUAUGGGCCGGUGAAGGAGGUCAAAUUUUUCGACGAGAAAGCAAGUGGAAAGUCCAAAGGGUAUUGCCAGGUUGAGUUUUAUGACCCAACUGCUGCGACAGCCUGUAAGGAAGGGAUGAAUGGACAUAUUUUCAAUGGUAGACCAUGUGUAGUUGCUUUUGCAUCGCCUUAUAGUGUUAAGAGAAUGGGAGAAGCUCAAGUGAAUAGGAAUCAACAAAUGGCUCAGGCUUCACUUUCUCAGACCAGACGAGGGCCUAAUGAACCUACAGCGAAGACUGGAGGAAAUAAUAUUACCACUGGUGGCAACUACCAAGGUGGUGAUAAUAACAGAGGGUUUGGGAGAGGAAACUGGGGCAGGGGCAAUUCAGGUAUGGGAAAUAGGGGUCCUGUUGGUCCAAUGAGAAACAGGGGUGCUGGAGUCGGUGGGAGAGGCAUCAUGGGUAAUGGGGGCAAUGGUUUUGGCCAGGGUAUUGGCGGUACCCCGCCAUUAUUACACCCUCAGUCGAUGAUGGGUCAGGGUUUUGAUCCAGCUUUCGGUGGACCGAUGGGUAGGAUGGGGAGCUAUGGUGGCUUCCCUGGUGCUCCUACUCCUCCAUUUUCUGGUAUAAUGCCUUCGUUCCCUGGUGGACCUAUGGGAGGUGUUGGCUUACCUGGUGUAGCUCCUCAUGUGAAUCCUGCAUUCUUUGGGAGAGGGAUGCCGAUGAAUGCAAUGGGGAUGAUGCCCACAUCUGGUGUUGAGGGACCCAACAUGGGCAUGUGGUCUGAUCCUAAUAUGGGUGGAUGGGGCGGUGAGGAUCAUGGUGGGGGUCGAGCAGCUGAGUCCAGUUAUGGGGAAGAAGCUGCUUCUGAUCAUCAGUAUGGUGAGGUGACUCAUGAGAGAGGGGGUUGGCCACCCAACAAGGAAAAGGAUAGGAGUUUCGAGAGGGACUGGUCAGGUUCUUCUGACAGAAGGUACCGUGAUGAUAGAGAACCGGGCUAUGACAGAGAAAUGCCUAGAGAGAAGGAUGGGGGUCAUGAUCACGAGUGGUCAGAGAGGAGGCACCGGGAGGAUAGAGAUAUAAGUAGGGAACGCGACAGAGAACGUGAUAGGGACAGGGAACGGUCCCGUGAACGUGAAAGAGAUAGGGAAAGGGACCGGGAAAGGGACAGGGACCGAGAACGGGAUCGAUACAGGGAGGACAGAGACAGAUACGCAGAUCAUCAUAGGUACAGGGACCGCGAGGCAGAGCAUGAUGACGAGUAUGAAAGAGGACGGUCCUCAAGAACUCAUAGCAAGUCAAGAGUAUUGCAAGAGGAGGACCAUCGCUCAAAAUCAAGGGAUGCUGAUUAUGGAAAGAGGCGUCGCCUUACCUCUGAAUAAUUUCUUUGAUCUUGUUCCCAUUGAGAAUGGGAAGAAACAAAACAGAGAGAUGCAUGCCUAUCCAGUUCGUCUUCUGAAGCUUUUGUGGGUUCUUCAUCUAUUGGACAGUGGUCUUGUAAAUGGGGCAUUAAAGAUCUUGAUGGCCUCUUCUUGUGUGGGGCAUGGUUUUUUCCGGCCUUAAACAAACUAAAGAAGGGUCAAUACCAAGACUUGAAGCUCUGCGGCAGUACUAUGGACUACUUGGAGAUGGUGAAGACCUUUAUGACUAUCGUAUAUGAGAGGGAUAAUGCAUGGCGUUUUCCCAUGGAUGUUAGGAGUGGAACUUCCAUUUUAAGUUUGAAAGACCUUUGAAUUUAUGUUUUUGACUUGAUUAGCUUGAGCAACCAACUUUGUGGAUAAUAUUAUGGCUUGACAUUGCUUAAGUCAUAGAUGUUGUAGAUUAUCGUAGAACUAUCAUUUGAAUCGUGAUGUAAUAGGAUUUAGUUGAGGAUGUUUCGCUCAUGUUCCGUCCUUGAUUGGCUAUUCUUCUGUAUCAUUUUUUACAGCCUCUUUUUCCCCGACUGUAUCACCAUUGUUGACCACACGAUGUGUUUUUUGUAGAAUGUAGAAAACCUAACUAUACGGUAGUUGAUUGGCCCAUGUGAAUUGUACAUGUCUUAUAACCUUGUAAAUAUCUAUUUCUAGUCAAUCCCAUAUCUCAUCUUUUGCAACA